AUGGCGCUGCUCGAGGAGGAGAUCCCGCCAGAUUCAUUGUCCUACUCUGUCGACCGCGAGAUCGAGCUCCUCCCCGACGGCGCCGUUGCGGACGUCUGCGCCGCCGCGUCCCGAAUCGCUGCGGCCGGGUACGUGCGCCUCCGUCCGCAAGCCGGCCGUCGACACCUCCCUCUGCCGGUGACGAGCCCCCGGCGGCGCGGAGCCGGGCGAGGGCGAGGACGGCUCGAUGGGGGUGGCCGCCGCGUCCGCAUGGUUUCCCAUGGAGCGAUUAUUCUCGUGGUAACUCUGGCCUACAUUUCCGUCUCUAGAUAUGUAAAAGAAGGCACUAGUGAUGCUGUGUCGAGCAACAUGUACGCGUCGCUGGACCACGUCGCCGCCGGCAUGCAGGCUAUCCUGGCAGCCAACCAUUCCGCCUUCGUAGUCGCAGACUACCUAGCGGCUACGAGCAACAAGAAUCGCUUAUCUCGCGUGGAACAAAACUUGUUCAUGGCGUUCGCAAUGCAGCCACACGUGGCCGAGAUGUCAUACACCGGCAUCGACGGCUCCGGCUUCACCUACUACCACGGCAAGGAUGGCCGGCCUAGAAAGAUGUCUGGACUCCGGCUGGUGUGGCAACAGGAGGCCAUGUUUGGCGAGAUAGGGGUGGCCGUGGUCUCUGUCGUGUGCUUGCUCGCGGUCACCGAUGCUGUGGCGUGCUUCUUCAUGGCAUGGGCAUUGUGGCGGUCGGGGUCGCGGGAGGCGGCGCUCCAGGGUGAGCUCAUGAGGCAGAAGGAAGCGCUCCAGCACACAGAGCGCAAGAGCAUGAAUAAGAGCAACGCAUUCGCGACUGCCAUCCACGACAUCUGCUUCACGCUUGCCGCUGUCGCCGGACUCAUUGAUGUCUCCCGGACGGAGGCGCGGGCAAACCCCAACCUUACCUACUGCCUUGACCAGAUGGAGAUUGGCACCAACAAGCUCUUUGAUAUACUUAACACCAUACUAGACAUGGGCAAAGUGGAGCCCGGAAAGAUGCAAUUGGAGGAGGUGCAGUUCAGCAUGGCUGACGUCCUUGAAGAAUCCAUGGACAUGGUGAAUGUUGUCGGUAUGACUAGAGGCAUUGAGGUGGUUUGGGAACCCUGUGACUUCUCUAUUCUUCGAUGCGAUGCUGUCAUCGGUGACUGCAAGCGCUUCAAACAGGUCCUCGACAACCUUCUUGGAAAUGCCAUCAAGUUCACGCACGAUGGCCACGUCGUGCUCCGCGCCUGGGCCAACCGCCCUAUCGCAAGGACUUCCGCGAUCAGCACCCCAUCUAGGUUCGCCCCCCACUGGCGUGCGAGCGUGUUCUGUCGGUGGCUGCUAGGAACGAGGGAAGAAGGUGCCGAGCAGAAUGCUCGCCGAUCACUUCUUCAGAAUGAUCCUAACGCCAUUGAGUUUUAUUUUGAGGUAGUAGAAACAGGUGUUGGGAUCCCAAAGGAGAAAAAGGAAUUUGUGUUUGAAAACUACGUUCAGGUAAAGGACGGGCAUGGUGGCACCGGACUAGGCCUCGGCAUUGUCCAAUCCAUUGUACGUUUGAUGGGUGGCGAAAUAAGCAUCAAGGACAAAGAGCCAGGAGAAGCGGGAACAUGCUUCGGAUUAAACGUCUUCCGCAAGAACAGUGAUGCGGAAGAGCACAUCGAGCACGGGAGAGUGGUGCCGUCCCUGUUCAGGGAGCCUGGCUGCUUCAAGGGUGGGAAGUGUGUCCUCCUAGUCCAUGGGGACGAGACCCGUUGGAUCCUCCAGAUAUGGAUGGAGAACAUCGGGAUGAAGGUCUGGCCCGUCCCAUGCGCCGAGCUCCUUGCCAAGACAAUGGAGAAGGCACGCGCCGCCGUGGGCACCUCGCCAUCUAGGCCAGCGUCGAUCUCUUCAUCGCAGGGCGGCGGUGAUGACUUGGACGGUGUAGCUGACCGGUGCUUCAGCUCCAAAGAGAUGGUCACCCAGGUCAUACGGAACAACAGCGGCAACCACGCGGGGCACCUCCACCCCUUCGGCCUACUCGUUGUAGUCGACGUCUCUGGUGGGAGGCUCAACGAGAUCCUCGAGGAGGCGCCGAGCCUCGCGAAGAUCAAGCACCAAGUUCCGUGCACGGUGGCGUGCAUUACUAACCUCAAGACCUCCUCCGAGGAUUUGAGGAGGCUCAAGGAGGCGGCGAGCUGCGACAUGGACAUGCGCAAGUCAAUCCAUGGCUCCCGGCUGCGCAAGCUCCUCCAGGUCAUGAGAGAGCUCCAGGCCUCUCCAUUUCCGCAACAACAUCCGCAUCAGGUUGGGAUCACCAUCAAUGAGUUGCCAGCGGCAGAUCAGCCGCCCAGGCUUGGAUACGACAAGCCUCUGGAGGCCACUGCCAUGUCGUCUGAAACCACAUCUGUGGCGGCAGUGCCCAAGGAGCUGACCAAGCUUGAAAAUGACAAGCCUCUGGAAGGGAAGCACGUCCUGGUGGUGGAAGACAUGAGGGUGCUGCAGUUUAUCCAAAAGAAAAUGCUCAGCACUUUGGGUGCAACUAUUGUGGUAGCAGUGGAUGGAUCCGAGGCUGUGGCAAUGUUCAUCAAUGCUCUUGAGAUUGCAAGUGGUGGUGCCGCUUCAAAAGAACGGUUGGUGUUGCCCUACGAUGUGAUAUUCAUGGAUUGCCAGAUGCCGGUGAUGGACGGCUACGAAGCGACAAAGCGCAUCCACGAGGAAGAAAGCCGUUACGGGAUCCACACCCCAAUCAUCGCGCUGACCGCACACUCUGAGGAGGAGGACAUGCAGAAGACCAUCCAAGCAGGGAUGGAUCUCCACCUGACUAAGCCAAUACAGAACGAGAAACUUGUGAAGGCUCUUCAUCAGGUGUGGAAGGAAGAUAACUGA